AUGGCUGACCCACUCAGUAUUGCAGCUAGCAUAAUUGCAGUGCUUCAUUUGAGUACUAAGGUCUUUGACUACCUCCAUAAUGUCAAGAAUGCCCCUCACGAGCGUGUACGGCUACGUGAUGAACUUAGCGCUGCUUGUUUACCGCUCUAUAUAAUCAAAGAACGCCUUGAUCAACAAGGAAAUAGAGGAAGCCAUGGAACCUCAGUCCAGUUGCUUGGCGGCUCUGAUGGGCCUCUCGAGCGAUUUGAACGAUUGCUCGAGCAAUUAGCCUCUAGAUUGGCGCCGAAAGAUGGCAAGCUGAAAACUGUCCGUGAGGCUGUCAGAGUGAUCUCCUGGCCGUUCAAAAACGAAGAAAUAAGGGCCACUCUUUCUACUCUUGAACGACAAAAGUCUCUCUUUCACCUUGCUUUACAGGAUGAUACAUCCGAAAGUCGCACAGUCAUCGAAUGGCUUUCGCCUUUAACCUUUUUUCAAACACAGGACGACUACUUCGAGAAGAGAGAGGCAGGCACGGGUCAAUGGUUUCUUGAGUCAGCCUCAUUUCAAGAAUGGCUCACCAGCAAGGGCGGAACUCUUUGGUGCCCUGUCCUAAUUGAGCGAGUCUUGACAGCCGGAGCGGGUAAAACCAUACUCACAUCUAUUGCUGUGAACUACGUCUACGAGCUUCAAAAAAUCCAACUGUAUCGCAAAAUUGGUGUUGCAUACGUUUACUGCAAUUACAAAGAGCAGAACAAGCAGACUCUAGGAAAUCUUCUUGCCAGCGUUUGGAGGCAAAUUUUCCAAUAUGAAACCGUUGACAACAGCGAAGUUAGACAGCUCUACGAGAAACACGUCAACAAAGGCACCCGGCCAAAAGUCAAAGACAUUGCAAGAAUACUGAGCCAGGAAAUCGACCGAUAUGAAAAUGUCUACCUCUUCGUUGACGCCCUCGAUGAGUGCACCAAUGAGGAGACUCGUGAAACAUUUAUCAGACAGCUCCAAGAGCUACAGCCUAGAAUAUGCUUGAUCGUGACAUCGAGGUUCUCAGACAGCAUAGCACGCGCCUUUAAAGAAGCUCCUGUUUUGGAGAUUUGUGCAAAUCGAGCAGAUGUGCAAGCUUACGUCAUGGGUCGCAUAGCACGAAGUGGUCGGUUGGCCCGAUACGUCAAUUCUGACGAGAUGCUAAAGAAGGACAUCGAGCGAAACGUUGUGGAGAAUGCGGACAAGAUGUUUCUGCUUGCCCAGCUCCACAUGGACGCCCUUAUGUUGAAGACUAGCCAAAAGACCAUCCGGCAGACAUUGUGUACAUUACCACGUGGAUUAGACGCGACAUAUGAUGAAGCAAUAUCAAGAAUCAAAGACCAGACGGACGAUGAUCAAAGGCUGGCCGAGCAGGUUCUUUCUUGGAUAUUAUUCGCUAUGAGGCCACUAAGAUUGUGUGAACUACAAGAGGCAAUUGCAGUUGAACCAAAUGCAAAAGACCUGGACCAUAGUGCUCUUCCGGACCAAGACCUCUUGACAUCUGUUUGUGCGGGGCUUGUUGUCGUUGACCCCAACAGCCAAGUGGUUCGUCUGUGUCACUACAGCACGGCGGAAUACCUCAAGCGGUUUCAAAGAACGUCGUUUCCAGUUGCGCAAACAGAUAUCUCGAGGACUUGUCUGACCUACCUUCUCUUCGAUCAAUUUUGCACAGGACCAGUAUCCAGCAAAAAUCAGCUGUCGUCCCGACUUCAUGCGAACCAGUUCCUCGCUUAUGCCUCUCUCUAUUGGGGAAAUCAUUUGCGAGGACCUCCGGAAGAAGAGCUUCUGCCAUUGACGCUGAAGUUCAUGGGUGCUGCUAAAAACCUAGCCUGCUCGUUACAGGCUGCACAGUCCACCGAGUACGGAGAGCAAAUGAUACCACAGGAAGAUCUAAAGACUGUGAUGGGGCUUCAGGUUGCUGCCACUUUUGAUCUGCUUUCGGUCGCUAAAGCUCUUAUUGAAAGAGGAUUCGAUUAUGCUGCAAAGGAUAGCGCUGGCGAUACCGCUUUGCAUGUAGCCGCUUCUAAUGACUCCGAAGACCUUGUCAGGCUCAUUCUCGAUCAAGGGCUUGACGUGAUGAUUAAAAAUAAUCGUGACAAGACAGCUUUGCACGCGGCUGCUACCAGCGGAACCGGGGCAGUGACCAAAUUACUUCUUGCAAGAGGCGCCAUUAUAUCCUAUGGAAAAGAUGGCAGAUCCGCUCUUCAUACAGCCGCAGAGUUCGGCAAUGAAGAAUCUGCCACAGCACUUCUGAAUGCUGGAGCAGAUAUCGAAGCCAAAGCUAUGCCUAGUCAUGGAAGAAUAUGGGAUCGUAAAAAAGGUUGCACUCCAUUGCAUCUGGCAGCAAGUGUUGGAAAUCAAGAUCUUGUCAAGCUUCUCCUUGAUCGCGGGGCUUUCAUCAAUGCAUUGACCACAACAUCAAGAACACCACUACAUGAGGCACUCAUGUGGGGUAAUGUUUCUAUCGUGGAGAUACUGUUAAGCUAUGGUGCCGGUGUUCACCUCGCCGAUAACGAGGGAUGGGCGCCCCUGCACGAGGCAAUAUGGAGAUCCCCCAUGCGAGCUGUCCAGUUGCUUCUCGAUCACGGCGCUGAGAUUGAUCCACUGACCAUAAGUCAGCAGAGGAAUAUUCACUUCAACGACAGACUCCAAAACUUACAGGGCAAUAAUACGCCACUGCAUUUAGCUACCGUGCUUGACAAUCUCGACGUAGUCAAACUCUUGCUGAGCAGAGGUGCAAAUCUUGAGGCUACGGAUCGUGACGGGCUAACGGUCUUACAUCUAGCAGUCUUGGGCAGUUCAACUUCAGUCAUUGAGUAUCUCCUCGAUGAUGACGCGUGCCAAAUUCCCGUCGAUACUCAAAGCACCCUUGAUGGUGAAACGGCUCUUCAUAAGGCAGCGCGGACAGGCAGUAUCUUCUUUGUUGAUCUGCUCCAUUCACGUGGAGCAAACGUUUUUGCAAAGAACAAGGACGGAGCAAGCCCGAGGGAGGUUGCCACAGAACACGGGUUCAACACCACUGGGAAAUUGUUAGAGUCAUUGGAAUCCAUCGAUCGCGAUCUGACAAGCAGGUGA